AUGUACUUCUAUAUAGUUGUGCUAUUGUCGGUGUUGAGUGAGUCAACUAAAACAAAUUGCAAGGGGGAGUAUGUUCAAGUAGAUCCAAGCAAUGCACCUUGUGUGGAAAACCUUCAAGAAGUCACUCAGAUAAAUAGUCCCCAAAUAUUGGAGCCAAUAUGCAGCACAAUGUCUCCAAAACCAAAAGGAUCCAAACGGGAUCGAAAUUUUGCUGGAGAGAACUUCUUAGAUAUGCCUCAUCGCUAUCUAGAACCAUGGUGUCGUGCUUAUAACUAUCUGUUCUCCUACAUCUGGGCUAAUGAUAAAACUGUCCAAAAUGCUCUUCACGUUCGAGAGGGAACAAUAAAGGGUUGGGAAAGAUGCAAUCAGAGCUUCUCUAGCAGUUAUGCACAUGAUGUUAGAACUAGUCUUGACUAUCAUCGAAACCUCACCAAGAAAAACCUUAGAGCACUGGUUUACAGUGGUGAUCAUGACAUGCUUGUUCCAUACGUGGGCACUGAAGAAUGGAUAACAUCUCUAAAUUUAAGUAUUGAUUACACUUGGAGACCAUGGUUUGUCAAUGGCCAAGUUGCCGGGUAUACGAAAGCAUAUACAAGGAAAGCGUACAGUUUGACAUAUGCGACUGUGAAGGGAGCUGGCCACGCAGCUACAGAGUACAAUCCUAGGGAAUGUUUUCCCAUGAUUGAUAGGUGGCUUUCAUAUUACUAUAUUUAGCCCAUUAAUUAACUGUAUAGUUUAUAAUUGAAAAUAGUUCAGAAAAUUCGUGCAUAUUGGAUUUGGAGGUGAAACUUGGCCAUCUCACCUAUUAUUACCUUGCUUAGCUAUCAAGGUUGCAGCUUGUAGUGCUUUGGUGAAUAAAUUUGUAAGAACAUUGUCACUUUGAUGUCAAUAUC